AUGUCUAACAAUCUACUGACUCCUGUCCCUUCAGAACGACUUCUUGGACCUGGGUAUGGACAAGGUGUAUGGCCUUUGCGUGAACGUUUGGCACUUGCUACUGCUCUUUUGGAUGUGGAUAAUCAGCAAGGAAGUCGACCGUCUACAUGGUGUUCAUCUAAAGCUUGUGCCAAACAAUAUGCUCUACUUCUGGAUUCCAUUGAGUUAGUUAAGCGACAGAAGAUGCCAGGAAGUGAUUCUCAGUCAAGCCAGUUAAGUUUAGCUGAACGUGUUGUGAAACGAUUAAGUGCUGAACGUGCAGAAGAGUUGAGAUCGCGAAUACAAUGUGGUCAACGAUACUACAGUUUAUUAAAAAACAUCAUAUCCAAUGUGGAAUCUGGAAUGUAUGAUAAUCAGUUAACGAGUUUACUAAAUGUAGUGAACCUAGUCUCAGACUGUAAAAAGAAAUCAGAAAUUCUUGGCUGUGAAUCUGUCCAAAUAACUGCACCUUCAGACAAUGACUCUUCUAAUCAACAGACUGUUAUUGCGAAUGAUCCAAUCAAUGAACCACAGCUUAAAAAAUCGAAUGAAUGUUCCGAAGAAUCAAUCACAGAACAUAAUCUUGCCGAUAAUCAGCAAAGUUUCGUCGAACUUUGGAAAGAGAUCCAAGAAUUUUAUCAUAUUCCUGAUUCAACAUGGUAUUGUGCUCCUGGUCCAAUAAAUAAUCGAAAUUCUACUGGAGGAUACAGUGGUGUUACGAGUCGGUCUCGUCCGUCUGGUGUAGGCUCGCUUAAUUUUUCCCGUUUAUCAACUUUACUGGCAGAGGCAUCUUCUCCUGCUCUAAAGCCCGCUACACAGUCCAGAAAUUCGACGAAUAAAUCUUUGGGUUAUAAAUCUAGUUUACAUGAGAUUGGUCACACAACAGCUGCAUCUCGUGCCGCUGAAGCAGCUAAACAAAGAUAUUUAUCGAAAACAGGCAGAAAAAAAUUCUCAUCUCAUACAAGUCAACCAAUUCGAAUUGAUAAAUCCAGUAAGCAAAACAUUAAAUCAAAAACAUUGUCGACAAAGAUUUCACGCAACAAGAAAUAUGGUUACGCUCUAGCCUCGUCCACUUCUAAAGCAGCUCGUCUAAACCAAGCUAUCACUCGAAACUCACAACCAUUGAAUUGUAGACCAUCUCACCAAAAAAGCUAUAGUAGUGUCUGCAAAAAGUUUGAGUCUGUGAAGAAAGAAAUCUCUGACAGUGAAACAGAACAAGAAGAUGAAGAUUCUACGUUUAGCGAAUCGUCAACGGAUAAACAAACUGACACACCUUCGUCAACCCCAUCAACCAUUGCAAUGAUUGAUGAACAAUCUGAGAAAACUAUUCUUAAUGACGAUAAUGCAACUAGUUCUACUUUGGACACGGAUAAACCUGCUACAACUAUACCUGAUGAGGAUGGAACUAAUGGUUAUAAUUCUGAAAGUGAAAAGUUCACAACAUCAUCCUCUUUGUCUACAGAAGCUGUUGGCGAAACAGACUGUCAGGUUGAAGACAAAAUUUCUUCCAUUUGGCUCAACUCCUACAAUUGUAAAUACAACUGAUGUGCCUGAAGUUGUGGACUGAGGUAGAACUGAAACUUGAUAAUUUUGAUCAGAAGUCACCUGUAGGCGAGGUUGUUGCCAGUUUGAACGAGAAUCUACCUACUGAUAAUAAGUUAGAUGAGACUAGUAAUAACUCCGUAAAUGAAACAGAAGUUCCAGUGAUCUCUGACAUUCAUUAUUCCCCUGCAUCGCCUGCUACUAUUCAAAUUUCAGUAGACCAUACAACCAUUUCGGAAUCCAAAGAUUUUGUGAAUAUGGACAGUGAAAUAGCUCAUAAAGUUACUCGCGUUCUGAUGCUUACAGAAUCUCCCAACGUGCGGCAUCUACGUUUGAGCUUGGG